UGCAAAAUAAACAAUUGCUAUUACUAAUAUUUUCUUGUUGGUUAGUCAGUACAGUCUACGUAGUAUUAUCGUAACUUGAAUAAUUGACUAUAAUGGACCAACAAACGGCGCUAAAGUUGUUUGAAGAAGGCGGCGUCUUCGUUUUCUUAAACGUGCCAGAAGGAACGGUUUUUGGCAUCGAUAUGAAAUCGUGGAACACCGGUGAAAAAUUUCGUGGAGUAAAAAUGAUACCUCCAGGAAUUCAUUAUAUAUUCUACAGCGCUGCAAAUGAUUCUGGCGACGUCGCCCCCAGAACUGGAUUCUUUCAUAAUUUCAGACAGUCAGAGAUGCUUGUAAAGAAAUGGGAUGAAAAACUAGAGGGAAUGAGUGAAGAGCCAGUCUCUGAGGAAGAAAUUGUUAGACUUAAAGAUAACAUUAAGUCUUUGGAUGGUUUCCUAGGGCCAUAUCCUUAUAAUAUUCAUGAAAGAUGGAAAACUCUGUCUUCAAAUAUGAAUGAAAGUUUGAUUAAAAGACUGACACCCUUAAAUGGACAAAUCAGUUCAGCUCUUGAACUUCAAUCACCCACUGAUGCUGAGAGACCAAGAGGCAUUAAGAAGGAUAUAAAAAAUUCAGAACCAGUACCAGGCACUAGUAUGUCUGAUAAUAGUAGUAGUUCUACAAAGAGAAUGAAAUUAUCUGAUAAUCCUGAAGAUGCAUUUUUACCAAAAUUAAAGGUAAAAGAUGGGACAGAACUGAGAUUAACGAAAUUUCCCGAGAGAAAUUAUCCUGAAGGAUCAUCACCAUCUGAAAUAACACGACAUUCAUUAGAUUCAUCAUAUGUGUUGGAUUUUAUGGUUUCUAAAUACUCAAAUCCCAUGGAUCUGAUUGGCGAAUUGGAAUUUGCCUACAUAUGCUUUCUGGUUGGACACAGUUUAGAAGCAUUUGAUCAUUGGAAAAAAUUAUUUGUACUUUUUUGUUCAUGUGAAGUUGGUUUAAAAAAGCAUAGGAAAUUGUAUGAUGCUUUUAUUGAUGUUAUUGAUGUACAAAUUAAAGAAGUUCCAGAAGAGUUUUUGGCGGACAUAGUUACAAAUAAUAAUAUUAUUUAUGUUAAGUUAAGAAAUUUAUUUAGAACUAUUCAAGGUUCAGAAAUUGAUGGUCAACUAAAAUCUAAAACUGAGAGGUUUCAGCAAAGCCUAACACAAUCUUUUUAUUGGGAUUUUGAACACCUGGAAUCCGAGGACGAAGAUGAAGCCCCUGUGAUUAUUCAUAUGUGAAAUUAGAUUAAUUAAAAUUUAUUUUAAUAAAUUGCUAUUUUAUUUCA